AUGGCAAAACAACAACAAAAAACACAGAAGAAUAACCAGAAGAAGGCAGCUAAGAAAAAAUUCAAUGGUAAAGCUAAAAAACCAAGAGUGGUUCCUUCGUUGAAACAGAAAUUGCAAAAGGAAUCAAAAGUUGUAAAAAUAAAUGACUUAGAUUGGAAACCUGUUGAAAUACCUGAUAAUUUAGGAGAUUAUGAAGGGUUUUUUGGUUUAGAAGAAAUAGAUGGCGUUGAUGUGAAAAUAGUGAAUGGUAAAGCAGAAUUUGUAGUUAAAGAUGACAAAAAAUUGAAGCAGGAAGAGCCAACGGUGAAAAAUGAAGAUGAUGAAAUAGAGGAAAUUGAGGAAAAUCUUGAAGAAGAAGAUGAAGAAAAAGAUGAAGAAGAAGAAUUUACUGGAUUUGAUGAUGACGAGGAAGAAGAAGAUGUGGAUAUGUCAAAUGGUGUACUAGAGCAAAUACAAGAGGAAAAUGAAGAAUCAAAACUGGUAGACUCACCAAAUGAUGAGUUAAAAUUCACUUCAUUCGCAAAUUUAGACUUACCUUUACCUGAUGAAGAUGAAAUUGAUUUACCAGAAUGGCAAAAGGGUGAACUAGGAUCAUCAUUGAUUCCAUAUACGUUACAUGCGUUACAAAAACUAAAUUUUAUUAAACCAACACCAAUUCAAAAGAAUACCAUACCUAUUGCAUUACAAGGUAAAGAUGUUAUAGGAAAAGCAACGACUGGUUCUGGUAAAACUUUGGCCUAUGGUAUACCUAUUCUUGAGAAAUACUUAGCAUCAUUAGAAAAUGUUAAAUCAAAUAAUAAAUCAAACAUUAUAACUCCACCUACAGGUAUUAUAUUUACUCCAACAAGAGAAUUAGCCCAUCAAGUUGUUGAUCAUUUAAAUAAAUUAGCAAAGUAUAGUCCUUUAUCAACUAAAGGUAUUCUUAGUAUUACUGGUGGUUUGUCAAUACAGAAACAACAAAGAUUAUUAAAUUACAGUCCUGGGAUUAUAGUUGCUACACCGGGUAGAUUAUUAGAAGUUUGCCAACAAGAUGAAGAUGUGACAAAAAGAUUAAGUAAAACGGAAAUCAUAGUUUUAGAUGAAGCUGAUAGAUUAUUACAAGAUGGUCAUUUCGAAGAAUUUGAGAAAAUAUUAGAAUUAUUACAAAAGAAUAGACCAAAAGAUAAAUCCAUACCUUGGAAAUGGCAAACAUUAGUUUUUAGCGCAACGUUUUCUAGAGAUUUAUUCAGCAAACUUGACAAAAAACAGAAACAUAAAAAUCUAGAAAGUUCUUUAAUUCAAAAUACCGAAAUUAUAGAAUUGUUGUAUGGAAAAUUAAAAUUCAAAGAUACAAAACCUGCUUUAGUAGAUGCAAAUCCAAAAGAAAUAGUAUCUGGUCAAAUUACUGAAGCAUUAGUUGAAUGUGGUGCUACUGAAAGAGAUUUAUACUUAUAUUACUUUUUACUUAUGUAUAAGGGAUCAACUUUAGUGUUUGCUAAUUCAAUUGAUUCAGUUAAAAGAUUAGUUCCAUUAUUAAAUAAUUUGAAAAUUCCAGCUUUUUCAAUUCAUUCAUCAAUGCUUCAAAAACAAAGAUUAAGAAGUUUAGAAAAAUUUAAAGAAGCUAGUGAAAAGAAUGAAACUACAGUUUUAAUUGCAUCCGAUGUCGCUGCUAGAGGUUUAGAUAUUCCUAAUAUUGAUCAUGUUGCUCAUUAUCACUUACCAAGAAGUGCUGAUGUAUAUAUUCACAGAUCAGGUAGAACUGCAAGAGCUGGUAAAGAAGGUGUUUCAGUUAUGUUUUGCUCACCACAAGAAGCUUCAGGUCCAUUAAGAAAGUUGCGUAAAUUGGUUGCAAAUUCGACUGAAAAUAGUAAAAUAUUUAACAUACGUAAUGAUGUCAAAUUAUUACCAAUUGAAAUGGAUUUAGUAUUACAAUUGAAACCUAGAGUUUCUAUUGCAUCUAAAUUAGCUGAUGCAUCAAUUGCAUCUACUGCAACAAGAAAAGAAGACUCAUGGGUUAAACAAGCAGCUGAAGAUUUGGGUAUAGAUGAUAUUGAUGGAUUGGAUGAAUUUGAAGAUGAUAUAAUAAAGAAACAAAGGAAAAGAAAGGAAAGUAAACUGUUGACAAAGAAUGAAAUCGGUGCAUUAAAAUACGAAUUGAAAGAAUUAUUAGCUAAUCCAAUUAGGAAAAAUACUAGAAGGAGUUAUAUAACUAGUGGAUUAACAAAUUUAGCCCAUCAAAUGAUAACGGGUGCUCAUCAUGAAGAAGUUUUGGGUCAUGAAAAAGUUAAUGCCUUGACUGAUUUAAAGGAUAAAAAAAAGGCUGGAACUAAAAAAUUGGAAAAGAAGAAACCCAAUAAAAUAGUAAAGAAGAAUGAUAAGAAAAACAAGAUGCGUGAUAAAAGAAAAUAA